AUGUCCCCAACUACAGUUCUGCUUCGAUUCUAUGAAGCGGAACGCCGAUACAUGAAAGCAGGGGGGAAAGCAGGUGGGGCAAACUUCGAUGAAUUCGCCGCUACGAUGUCGGAAAAAGUGGAAUUGCAUCAAACUCCUGACUUACCAUGGGGCGGAGAGUAUCUCGGGUUGGAAAGAUAUGCAGAUUGGGCAGCGCACAUGAGCUCGGUUUUUUCCAUGGUUGAUGUCCAGGAUGCCGAGAUGGUUGAAAUGGGAAACAAGGUUGUCAUUAUGUGCAACCUCGUGACAGAGUCAAUGCAGACAAAGGAGAUUAUGCGACGUCCUAUGGUGCAGAUAGUGACGGUGGAAGAUGGGAAGAUCGUUGAUUUCAGGCCAUUCUACUGGCAUGUUCCCGAUUAUGUUGCGGCGGCUGAGGGCCGACUCAGCAGCACUGCGUAG